AUGUCUGAAAAGGUCGAGAAAACGUCUUCGGACGCCGACUACACCACUCACAAUGAGAAGGCACCUGUUGAAGGUCAACAACAGCAUGACCUCGAUCCCCCGCGCAAUGCCUCAGUAGCUCUCAACCUCGUAGAGAACCCUCUUAGGGCAGUCUCCAAGGAGCAGAACGUCUCCGAUGCUCGCGCCUGGGCUGAGAAGCAUGGCUUGAGCGAGCAUGCUGCUCUUUUCGGUCGUGCCGCUCUGGUUGCUAGGGACCCAGACGGUUUCGCGGCUGUCACUGAGCUUGACGAGGAGGAGCGCAAUGCGCUUCAGUACGAAUUGGAGCACAAGUGGCACGGCCCCAAGAUGCUGUGGUACUCCAUUGCGCUUUGCGCCGUCGGAGCCGCCACCCAGGGUUGGGAUCAGACUGGUUCCAACGGAGCGAACUUGUCUUUCCACGAGGAAUUCAACAUCGCUGGAAAGGGCAGGGACGAGUGGAUUGUUGGUCUUAUCAAUUCCAUCAUUUUCUUGACUGCUGGUCUGAUUGGUGCCUUCAUCGUCGAUCCCCUCAACCACUACCUUGGCCGUCGAGGUGAAAUCUUCGUUACUGCUCUCUGCCUUACUGCUACCCCGAUCGGUUCUGGUUUUGCCAAAUCAUGGCAAGGUCUUUUUGCUGCACGAUUCAUCAUGGGCAUUGGAAUUGGCGCAAAGAACGCCACCGUUCCUAUCUACUCUGCUGAGAUGGCCCCUCACCGUGUUCGCGGUGCACUGGUCAUGUUCUGGCAGCUUUGGGUCGUUGCUGGCAUCUUCCUCGGUUUCUGCGCCAACGUCAUUGUCAAGGAUACCGGCGAUAUUUCAUGGCGUCUCCAGCUCGGUUCUGCCUUCAUCCCAUCCUUCAUUCUCGGUGCCGGCAUCUACUUCUGCCCCGAGUCUCCUCGUUGGCUCAUGAAGCAUGGCCAUGUCGCCAAGGGAUUCCGCUCCAUGAACAGACUGCGAGCACACCCCAUCAUCGCUGCGAGGGACUACUACUACUCCUACAUCAUCUACGAGACUGAGCUCAAGGUCGCUCGUGGAGCUGGAUACUUCCAACGUCUCUGGGACUGCUUCAGCGUUCCUCGUAUCAGGCGUGCCAACUACGGAGCCUCCACCGUCAUGCUUGCCCAGCAAAUGUGCGGUAUCAACAUUAUCUCCUUCUACAGCUCCACCAUCUUCACCGAUGUCGGCUACACCGACACCCAGGCUCUCUACGCAUCCCUCGGAUACGGUGCGAUUCAGGUCGUUUUCACGAUCCCCACUCUCUUCCUCAUCGACACCAAGGGCCGCAGGACUCUUUGCUUGAUCACCUUCCCUCUCAUGUGUAUCUUCCUGCUGGCAGCCGGUCUCUCGCUCUUGAACCAUUCCGGCAGCGAAGCCUCGCAGAUCGGCCCCGUCGUGCUAUUCGUGUACCUCUUCACCAUCGCCUACUCCCUCGGCGAAGGACCCGUCGCCUUCCAGUACUCCGCCGAGGUGUUCCCCACCAUCCAGCGUGAGCAGGGCAUGGCCUGGGCCGUCUGCAUCAACAACACCUUCGCCGGCAUCCUUAGUCUCACCUUCCCCCGCAUGAAGACCGUCAUGACCCCGACCGGCGCAUUCGGCUUCUACGCGGGUCUCAACCUGAUCGCCUGGUUCAUGAUCUUCGCGUUCGUGCGCGAGACGAAGCAACUCACCCUCGAGGAGCUCGACCAGGUGUUCUCCGUCCCCACGAAGCAGUUCCUCGGCUACGAGCUCAAGGUCUGGCUGCCCUACUUCAUCAAACGCCACAUCUUCCGCCGCAAGAUCCCCAAGCCCGCUCCCAUCAUCGAGAAGGCCGAUCACCAGAUCACCACCCUAUAA